UAUUGAUCAUCCCUUACGUCUAUGACUAAGAGGAAAUUCUAGCUAAAGGUUUCCCUCGGUGGAAAAUCGUAGAAAGCCGCGAUAUUAGCUUCUAUUUCGUGUGUUGUUAUCACAUAAUUCGGGCGGGCAGUGGUAAAAAUUCUACCAUGGCCGAAGAAGGCCCGCAAAUCAAACCCGUGCAGGGUGUUGCCUACACAACCAUCAUCGGACUAUGCCUUGGAGGUCUCGUUUUCGGACUAAUGAUGCUGGCUGUUACGUGGUACUGUUACAAACGAAGAGUGCAGAAUUCGGGUAAACGCCAUGGACCAGACCAACCCUUAGCUUUCCAUACCCACAGAAGACCUACGGCUGUUAAGAGUCCAGCUGGAUCUGCUGGUGGAACGCACUAUUUGAAGAAGAGUCCCAGUCCAACCGGACCAUCGAAGACACCACCUGGAAUGUCAACACCACAUACUCCAAGUCCUACUGGAAGUGUAGUAGGUCCUUUGGAGAGCGGUGUCAUCAACAAUCCCCACCAAAUGGACUCUAAACCGGUGCACGAACCAAUAGUGAAGAAUGACGUUGCAACUGUCUACACUGAGAACGAGAAAGUGCAGCAACCAACCAAGGAAGAGGUCGAAGUAAACGAGAAGAACUUGCAGCAGAACGCAGCUUAUUUGGGACAUUUGGUUUUCAAAUUGAGAUAUAAAACCGACAAAAACGCCCUAAUAGUCUCGGUCGUUCGCUGUCGCGAUUUGCCGGCUAAGGAUAGCAGUUUGGGAUCGAGCGAUCCCUACGUCAAGCUCCAGCUUCUUCCCGAUAAGCAGCAUAAAGUGAAAACCCGCGUGCUAAGGAACACAAGAAACCCCGUUUAUGACGAAGAUUUCACUUUUUAUGGCAUAGCGUUUAACCAGCUACAGAAUAUAACACUUCACUUUGUGAUACUUAGUUUCGACAGAUACAGCCGAGAUGACAUUAUCGGAGAAGUAUUUUGUGCACUGAAUUCAGUGGAUAUUGCACAGAUCGAAACCCAACAGAUGGCAGUAUGCAGGGAAAUUCAGCCAAGGAGUCUAAAGAUUCGUUCUCAAGGGCGAGGCGACAUUUUGGUGUCAUUAUGUUGGCAACCUGCAGCGAACAGACUGACAGUUGUGGUGUUAAAAGCUCGGAAUCUUCCCAAGAUGGAUGUGACUGGCCUUGCAGAUCCCUAUGUAAAAAUAUAUCUUUUAUAUAAUGGCCAACGAAUUGCCAAAAAGAAGACACACGUCAAGAAAAGAACUCUUAGUCCCGUUUUUAAUGAAAGUUUCGUAUUCGACAUUCCACAAGCUGGAGAAGGUUUGGAAGGAGUUAGUCUAGAGUUCUUACUGUUAGAUUGGGACCGAGUAACCAAAAAUGAGGUUAUAGGAAGGUUGGACCUGGGAGGUUCAAAAUGCACAGGCUCUGCUCUACACCAUUGGAACGAAGUCUGCAAUUCACCGCGUAGGCAAAUAGCUGAAUGGCACAAACUCAGAGAAUAAAAUUCUCCAUCAGAUUUCCAUUAAAAAUAUACCUUUAACUGUUAACUCCUAACUUAAGAAAUUCAAAUCAACUUCACAUCUGUGUAUCCAUCAACUUAGCCUCGAAUACGCUUUCAAUUUUUUUAGGACACAUACCUUAGAUCACAUAUCUUGGUUAUCUGAUUCUAAACUUGAUUCAACACUUACUGGAGGUAAGUUCAACAAAAAAAAAUAACCAAUCUAUAGAAUAUUCCGAUAAUGUCGUCCCAGAAUCGACUAAAAAUAACUAAAGAUACGACGAAGUACUUGGCUUGAGUUUGGCACAUAGAAACUAGAAGAAGAAUCUGACGAGAAGAUACAAAUAGACAGACUAGUUCAAACACCAGCAGGAGACAUGUGGAAGAUAUUUAGAAGGAAAUUUGAUAAAAGCAAAAAAGGAAACUUAGUGCAGAUAGAUAGAAUCCUUUGCAGAAUCCAGAUUUUAAGAGAUCGUUAAACAAAAAAGGCAGGAAAGUGAUCAAGAAAGAAAGAAAGUAACCAGAAGUGGAAAAAUGGAGACACGUUAAAACACUGAAAUUUAAAAUAAUAAUAGAAAAAAAAAGAAAUCAUGAAUAAUUGAAGAUAGAAAAAAAGACCAAGGCAAACAUGGAUAAAAUAAAGAAGACACAAAGACACGAAGAGAAUAACAUUGCUCUCUCCAAAAUGGAGAGAGCAAUGUUAGGAGUAAAAUUAACAGACAAAAAGCAAAACAACUGGGUAAGAAAUAAAACAAAAGUCAAAGACGCAGGACAACAUAUAGCCAGACUAAAAUGGAGCUUCGCAGGUCAUAACGCUAGACAAAUGGACAAUAGGUGGCAUAGCACGAUACAACAAUGGAGACCAUGGACAGGAAAGAGAGCAAGAGGACGACCCCAGAAGAGAUUGGGAGACGACAUUAAAAAGAUAACAGGAACGCACUGGAAACAGAAAGCACUAAACAGAAGCGAAUGGAGGAAACUGGGGGAAGCCUAUGUUCAAAAUUGGACGAAUUAAAGGGCAAAAGAAGAAGAAGAAGAAAAAAAGGUGAGAUAUCAAAACUUUAAUAAUAGGGCUUUUUAUCGAUUGUCAUUUGUUUCGAGCUUCUGUCAUAUGUUGUAUAAUCUGUAUAUAAUAAUAAUAUACACGGAUUAUACGAUAUAUGACAGAAGCUCGAAACAAAUGAUUGUGAAUGAAAAGCCCUAUUGACCAGAUUGCCUUGACGGAGUGCUGAAACAUGUCAUUGGAUGUGAUACGUAUGAUAUAACGUUUGACUUUAAAGCUGAAAUUUUUACAUGAAAUAUGACAUUUGACGCAGAACAUCACUUAACAUAAUAUGCGCCAUUUUGUCUGACACUUUGACAAAAUAGGUCAUUUUUUGACAAAACGUGGCAUUUGGCGUUCACGUUGUGUGUUUAAAACCUUUGAAACGGAAAAAUCUUUCGAAAUUUCUCAAAAUUUGGUGGCUUGAAUUUGAAAAUAUCUGUAACACUGGCACAAAGAGAAAUGGCACACUUAUUUUCUAUGGUUUCAUAAAAAGAAAAAAGAGAUGAGCUAUAUAUUUACUUCUUUAUUGGAAAGUUAACGAAAGAAGAUGGUCUAUAGCAUUUUGUUACCAUAAAGUGCGGCGUUAAAUAAAGUAAAGUCAUAUUAAUUGCAAAUCAAUCAUAACAAUGUGUAAACAUGACUAAUCUAGUGCUAAAUAGUAAUAUUUAUAUUGAUGGAAAGUACAUUAAGCAGACUGUAUCGUAUAAGUUAAAUAUCGAAAUCAAAUUCAGAAUCGAAAAAGCACGUUCUAAUUUUAUGAAAAUGAAAAAGGUCCUAUGUAGCAAAGAUUUAACAUUAGCUCUUAAAGUAUGCCUAACAAAAUGUUACGUAUACAGUGUACUAUACUAUGGAGUGGAAUUAUGAACGUUAAAUGUAGAGAUAAUGAGACGACUUAACGCCUUUAAAAUGUGGACCUAUAGAAGAAUUAUGAGGGUUUCCUGGGUAGAUAGAGUUACGAACAACGAAGUACUAAGAAGAAUAGGUAAAGAGAAGGAAGUUGAACUUACAAUUAAAGAAAGAAAACUAUAGUAUCUCGGACAUGUGAUACGGGGCGAGAAGUAUGGCACCUUGCGACUCAUAAUGCAAGGAAAUAUAGAUGGCAGAAGAAGACGAAUUUCAUGGCCGAAGAACCUGCGAGAAUGGUUUGAAUGCAGCUCAAAACAACUAUUUAGAGCUACUUCCUCAAAAAUUAAAAUAGCUAUGAUGAUUGCCAACCUCCGUAGCGGAGAUGGCACCUGAAUUAGAAGAAGAUCGUAUAAGUACGUAGGGCAUGAAAUUCGGUUGAGCAGAGAUAAGGAUUGGGCAUGAUGAUCCCACUUUGCAUAGGCGCUGGACAGCGUUUGGUACAUUAAACUGUGCAUUUAAAUUAGACCUUCCCAUACGCCCCAAGGGAAAAAUCUUUUGACCAGUUUGUGUUACCUGUACUCACUUAGGGAGCGAAAACAUUACCUUUCACAAAUAAACAAGUAGCUGGAAAAAAGGUAGUGAAAAAAAUACGUCAAAUAGAACAAACUCAGCAGAUGCUAUCGAAAGAAUCGCACCCCUAAAGGGAAAUUGGAGAGGACACGUCACCAGAUUAUCAGAUAACCGAUGAACAAAACGUAUUGUCGAGUGAAGGCCACGACACGAAGCACUACGGAGCAGAAGACGCCCACCAACCAGGUGGACUGAUGACAAGCAGCACAAGACAGAUGCAGAUGGAAAGAGCUGAAAGAGAUCCGUGUCCAGCAGUAAACUACAAUAAUCUUAAAAGUAAGCGAAUAACAAUGUUGAAUCAAGUCGUGAAUUGGAUAAUCAGCAAUCAUCAACGAAAUAGGAAUUGAUAAGUUUGUUUAAAUGUAGCGCCAAUGAGUUGAUUUGAAUUUAUUGGCAACAGUGUUUAUAGAACGCAUCGACUUUCCAAAGGCCAUUUAGACAAAUGCCCGGCCGCCUUCACACAUUUUUUGAUCCGUGGUUAUGUUUGUUUGUAUAUUUUUUUGUGUUCCGUCUAGUAAUUAUAAAUAUAGUUAUGGUGGUUGAUUGUUUACGUACAAAAAUGAUGGACGAAUGUUACUAUGUAUCAGCUUGGAUAUACCUACAAGAUGGAUACCGUCGUCCUUUAAUAAUUUUUAAGUUUUGAGAACAAAAAAAUUCACAAGGUUUCAAAUCCGGUGAAUAUGGUAGCUUAUUCAUGUGACGUCAUUAAAAAAUUCCUGAGUGGACAUGUCAUUAUGUAUACGUUCGUUUUCACAAUCACAAAAACGUCGAUUCUUUAUAAACCACUUUAUAUUUAUGGCUAAGAUGGGACACGAAAAAAUAAACUGACUAUUUUUUCUUACAUGCCCAUGUAGAUUAGGCAUACUACUUGUUUUUAAGUGUAAACACUCCUUAAUGUACAUUAAAAUUAAAUUAAGAUUAAGCGUAAUACAGUCAAGUCACUGAAAGUGAUUGCUAUGAAUGUAAAUAAAAUAGUUUAUAUUGAGAUUUGUUUACUGACAAAAACGUUACAAGGCAGUAGAAAAUAUUGUUCGAUAUGUGGAAUAUUUCCAAAAUGUCUGUUAAGAUGCACGAAAUUUAGUGUGAUAUUAGUCUGAUGAUUAAGGAAGUUUUCUAUUUGCUAUUUCUAUCAACGUUUUUAUUACUAUAAAUAUAUUACAAACGUUUCUGUUGAGCGCAGAAAGUGUUUUGCCACGUGCAAGGCUGUAUUAUUAUUUUUUUUUUGACAAAAACUGUGGGAAGCAAUGAAAAGAAUGUACGUUAGAAAGAAAUGGGUGAAUAUAACCAAAGACAAUAUUAGGCAAUGGCAAGCCAGGCAAUGAAAUAACAAUCAGCGCAAGAAAAGGCCUUAAAAAUGAUUUGGUCUAUCCACUACACUUUUUAACAUUGGCUUUGGCCAGAUGGUAUAGAAAAUGUGGUGCAAUUGGUUUAAAAGCACAAGAGAUUAUAUUAUUAUUUUAGACCAACUCAUUUUUGGAAAAGACUGGAAGGUUAAGAAAUAUAUAAGGAAUUAAAGCAAGAAUAUGAGCUUUGGGGACUGAAGAUAAAUAAUGUGUAAGAUCGAAUUCUUACGCAUUGGAUCAGAGGCUGAAGUUUUGAAUGCAAGUUUAGAAGAGACUACUUUGCUUCAUCGAUUGACUGUAUAAUCCUUGGAGUUAUAUUUUGGAAAUAUUCUGUAUAUAAUGUCGUUUUAACUUGUUAUUGGCAAUUUUUUAAAUUGAUUUUUAGUCCUAAUCAAUCUCUAAACAAAAAUUUUAUACAACGGCCUAAAUGAGUUAAAAAUUAAUUUUUUUUCAAACUUUUCAAAUUUUCGUCAAUUAUCUUAAAACACUUAUUAAGAUUUCCGGAAGUUACGGAUUACAAAGUAAUCGAAAGAGGUAAAGUAUGUUCCAGAAAGAGAAAAAAAAAUUCUAUACGAUCUUUGGGCCAUUCAACGAAAUUACCACAAGAAAAUGUAGAUGUGACCAGGAACUUAACCAGCUCUUCACAGAAACAGAUACACAACUUUAAUUUCACAAUUCUCUACCAUUUGGAGAUUUUAGAGGCCUAAUUAUGCAAUAAAGUGUUAACAAGACUUUUAUAAACAUUGGAAUGCACCUCGUGCAACAGAUGUGAUCCAGAAGAUUGCCAUGUUACGAUGAAACUAAGCAAGAGUUGGGCACAUAGGGAGAAUGAUAGACAACCGUUGGACCAGGCGAAUUCUUGAAUGGCGACCAAGUACAAGUAAAAGAAGUACAGGCAGAUCUUAAACAAGAUGGACUGAUGACAUCAAGCGAAUUGCUGGGCGCGAAUGGAUGCAAAAAACAAAAAACUUACAGAGGAAGACCACAGAUAGGAUGAGUAGAUGUCAUAAAAACAAUAGCCGAAACAAAUUGGAAUUCUGUUGCUCAGAAUAGAGGUUUAUGUCCAAAAAUAGACCAUAGAAGGCUAAGAAGAAGAAAUUCAGGCUAGCAAAACGAGGUCACGGCAAUAUGGAAGGAAAAACUGAUAGCUCACGUUGUCACUACAGAAGGACGUUCUGAUGUACAUUCUGAAGACAAAGUGACAUGACAGAGUUCAAUAAUUGCCUACAACUGACAAAUAAAAUUUGUAACGACUUUAGAUCAUAGAUAUUUUAUUCAGAGGUCCUAAAUUAUGGAAUAAAUUCAUUUUCUCUAAAAUGGACGACUUUGGAGAAAAAUCCUGAAACAGGUCGAUUUUUAUUUUUAAAUUACAAUUUUCUGGCAUAUAUUUCAUACUAGUGACGUCAUCCAUCUGAGUGUGAUGACGUAAUCAAUGAUUUUUUUAAAUGGGAAUAGGGGUCGUGUGCACCUCAUUUGAAAGGGUGUUCAAUUCUCUAUUCAGUAAUAUAAACGAUAAUAUCAUUAUUUAUACAGGGUGACCAAAACAAUAAUUUUUGAAUUAAAUUAUUUGAUCCAAAAAGAAGAAUGUAUGUAAUUUAUUUAACUCAAACUACAUUGUACUGCUGUCAGUAAAUAGAAAAAAAUGUUUAUUUCACAAAUAAACAUUUCUUUCGCUUAAAUUAAAUCACAAACAGCCUCCUACCUACCUCUUGGCAGUUUGAACAUUUAACUUAAGCGAAAAGCACUGUUUAUUUGCCAAAUAAACAUUUUUUUCUAUUUUCUGACAGCGGCAGAAUGUAUUUUGAGUCAAAUAAAUUGCAUACAUUCUUCUUUUUUCGUCAAUUAAUUUAAUUUAAAAAUUAAUAUUUUGGUCACCCUGUAUAAAUAAUGAUAUUAAUGUUUAUAUUACUGUAUAGAGAAUUAAACGCCCUUUCAAAUGAGGUGCCACACUACCCCUAUUCUUAUUAAAAAAAAACAUCGAUUACGUUAUCACUCUCAGAUGGAUGACGUCACUAGUAUAAAAUAUAUGCCACAAAAUUGUAAUUUAUAAAUACAAAUCGAUCUGUUUCGGAAUUUUUCUCUAAAGUCGUCCAUUUUAGAGAAAAUGAAUUUAUUCCAUAAUUUAGGACCUCUCUGUAUAUGUAUGUCUAUGGAGUAGAUAUUUGAUUAACAGAAGAAGACAAUAUUUGGUUGAUAGAAAAGUUGUGCGCCAGCUACUUUUAGAAUAACAAUAAUAAAAUAAAAGAAAAACAUAAGAAAUGAAUAAAAUCAACACCAAUUGGAAUGAAAUAAUUGUUUGAAUGGCAAUUGUAACUUUGGAAACUGCUACACGAAAAAUUUCUGAUGAUGAGCAGUCAAACCAUCUUCUCAGGUUUUUCAGCUACGAAUUAUGGCAUGCGCUUACUGAUCUUUUGCUCUGAACUUUACCUUCCAAUGUAUAGCGUUAUAGGCUGUCAAAGAACGAGGUUGAGUACCAAUUUGAUCAAAAAUGCAUAAUACAAAAUGUCUACUAACUGAUAUACGUAAAUUCAAAAUAUUAUUAGUUUCGUUUUGAUCUAAUUCAAUUAAAAACACAUAUCAAACAAAAACUAACUGAACCAAAGCCGUUGUAUAAAAAUUCUCUUACCUUCUAGCAACAAUUAUCUCCUAUUAUAAUUUUUUUGGUAAAGAUGUUAGAAAGAAGAAUCUGAGCAGGGUUCUAUUGUGAGAUAUAUUUUUUAAGGUAAACUGUAUUCUAAGCUUUUUGUGAUUUUAGUAAAAUCGGUGAAUACAGGAACGAUUAAAGACCAGGUAGCAUAGACUACAGAAUGUUUAAGAAGUAGAAUGACAAAAAUGUCCUUCUCUGACAAGAAAUACAGAAUAAUUGAACAAAAAAAGUAAAAAUUUGGCAGGUAUUUUUAGAGAUAAAGGUCAAAAUGUGAAGUGUGUAUUAGAAAUUUUUAGGUAAGUACACUGUAAAAAUAUUUUUAGCGGAUUUACCCUCUUCCAAUACAUAAAUUACCGUUGUACGUAUAUAGGGGGUAAUUUUACUAAGUGAUAAGCAAACAUGUUGGUUAGGGCUUAAAUAUAUGCCUAAUGCAUAUGUAUAAUGAGAACAAUGGAACAGGAAAAGUUUUAAUUGUGGAAUGUAAUAAACGUGUCAUUGUGACAAGUUUAUGAUUAUUAAAACUAGGAGGUUGUUUUUAAUUUUAUUCGAUAGCCAACAUUAUAUGUUAUAAUAUAUGGAAAAAUGUUUGUCCGACAAAAAUGUUGGGCAUUUUAAUAAGCCCGACACGUAGAACAAGUUAAAUUACAGGAAUUAUGUUCAUGAUAAGUAGUAGUAUGACUUUUGCAUGAAAGUUUAAUGAAACUGUAAAAAAUGAAUUGGAAGUUCUGUCCGACAAUAUUCAUGGGACGAUUUCAUAGUCUGACGUUAGAGACCUGUAGGAUACAGAUACAGACAAAAAUGAUGAAGCAAAAUGCAAAUUUUGUCAGAGAGGACUUCCAAUCCAAGUCUAAUUUUUAUACCCUUUAGUGAAACUCUCAUGCAAAAAUCUCUCUUAGUUAUCACCAACAUAAUUCCUGCCAUUUGAGAUGUUCUACGUGUCGGGAUUAUUAAAAUGCCCAACAUUUUUGUCGGAUAAACAUUUUUUUAUAUACUAUAUAUUAAGGUUGGCUAUUGAAUGAACUUAAAAACAAUCUGCUAGUUUUCAAACUUGCCAGGGUGACAGGUUUAUCCCGUUCCACAAUUAAAGCUUCCCAUGUUCCAGCGUUCCCAUAUAUUAAAGUUUGUCCGACUCUACAUCCUUAAGCUAUGAACAAAUUUUCAGCUUAAACAAACUUUUUUUUGGUAGGCGGGAGCCAGGACUAUUAUUUUGCAUUACAUUAGCAGUCUCCUUAUAGUAAUUUUACCUCGUUUAAUGAGGGUUUACUAAAGUGAGGGGCAGAUUUACUAAAAGUUUUUUACAGUGUAUAUUUCUUGUAUUUUGUUGAGUGGUAAAUUCUAUUCAAGAGAGUCAAAUGUGUUUGUAUAUUUAGCAGUAGAAAGUAAUAUUGCCACUAGUUAGACUCUGUACUAGGUUUUUUCACGUUUGACACAAGAAAUACACUGCUUAUAACCCGCCUGGAAUAAGUCUAAUGCAUGUUAACGAAAUAUUUACUUCUCUUUUGAUGUUAUACUACUAAAAUAGCCAAAAUUUAUUGCAAAUUUAAUGAUUUUGGAUGCAAAUUGUGAUAAUAUUACUAAGUAAAUUAAAAAUACUAAGUAAACAAAAAAUUGAUACAUUUAAAUAUUCAUAAUAAUUUUCCCAUUGUGACAUACCAAUUUUUAUCGCUUUUGUUGACUUUGAAAAAGCCUUUGACAGCGUUAAGCAUCGGGUUAUUAAAAAGCUCACUACACAGUAGUAGAACAGACUACCGAUACACAGAAUUAAUAGACAACAUCUACAGAAAUGCUACAACCAGAAUAAAACUGCACGAAUAUACAAACUCUAUAUAGCGAUAAAAAGAGAAAUAAUAUAGGGUAACACCAUACCACCAAAGUUAUUGAAUCAGGUAUUAGAAGACGUAUGCAAGAAAUUACAACGGGAAAAUAAAGGAAUCAAAAUAAAUCAUUGAGACACCUUAGAUACGCCGAUGAUAUCGUCCUAAUAGCCAACAGUAAAGAAGAACAGGAAUAUAUGCUCGAAGGAUUAGAACACCAGGCAAAAACAGUAGGUUUAACAAUUAAUCUAGGCAAAACAAAGACGAUGACAAACACAGAACAAGAUAUUGCUAUCCCAAUUCGAGGAAGUGAAAUAGAACAAGAACGAGAAUGUAUGUAAUUGGGCAAGUAAUAAAAGCGAGCAGAGAAAAUCAAAAGAAGAAAUUAAAGGACGUAUAAGAUUGGCAUGGGCGGCAUUUGGCAAAUUGAGCUACAUCCUGAAGAAUAAAAAAUUUGCGCAACAUCUUAAGUCUAAAGUCUUCAACCAGUGUGUGUUACCAGUAAUCACGUAUGGAGCGCAAACUUGGACACUAACCAAAAAUAAUAUGAAUAAACUUAUAAAAACACAGAGAGCAAUGGAAACACAGAUAUUGCAAAUACGCUUGAAGCACAAAAACGAACCGAAUUAAUUCGAAAUGUUACAAAGUUGAAAGACAUAAGAGAAGAAGUAGCCGAAUCUAAAUAGAAAUUUGCGAAGAACAACAUCAGACACAGAGACGAUAGGUGGAACAAGGAAAUACUACACUGGAGACCAUACGAAUACAAAAGAAGUAGAGGAAGGUCACAGAUGAGAUGGGUUGAUGACUUGAAGAGGCGAGCCAAUCAUAGAUGGAUGAACUUAACUCAGAACAGACCUACGUCCUAAAAUGGAUAACAUGGUCUACAUAGAUAGAUAGAUAGAUAGAUCGAUAGUGCAAGUAUGGGAAAAUAAAAUAAUGCCCAAAUGCGUUGCCCGCAUAUGCCCGCUCCAAAAAAGGAGACAAACUGAAAUGUGACAACUAUAGUGGUAUAGCCUUUUGAUACAGCUGGUGGAAUAUAUCUUUGAUAAACUAUACUAUUUUCGUUGUAUAAUGUCAAAAAUGUAACGCCCAAUCAACCAAUAUUGAUGACCUUUAUUAACAUUUUAGCCUGCCCCACUAACUCAAAAUUUACAUUAGUCGACGAAUCCACAAUUUAUUUACUGAGUACUAACAUGGUUUCAUGUAAACUAAAUUUAAAAAGUGUGCUUGAAAUUCGUAUUUUCUUUAAUUUCUAUCUUUCUUAUGUAAAUACAGGGUGUUUUUGUGUUGGUUUAUUUGCUGAUGCUUUAUUUAUGGAUGCUCUGUAUAAGUUUUCAAAGAGCUGUAAAUUUCUGUGCUGGUAAAGCCACUUUAAUAAAGAAAUAAAUAUACGACUACUA